GGCUUGUGUGUGUUUGCCCUUUCCUCAUGACGUAGUGUCCUGUGUCUCUCUCCCCCCUUCUCCCUCUCCUUUUCCCCUCCCUCCUUCCAGCCCCCCCCCUUCCCCUCGCAUCCUUGGAAGCAACAAUUAAGCAGCUCUGGGAUAAAACACACUGCCUGCGGGAGUACGGGGGCAUUGCUUCAAGAGAUGGCAAGGCAGGCAGCUGCACCCCUCCUUCCCGGAGUCCUCCUCCUCUUCUCCAUCCUCCCGGCUUCCCAGCAAGGAGGGGUCCCUGGUGCUAUCCCGGGAGGGGGGGUCCCAGGAGCAGGCUUUUUCCCAGGUGCUGGUGUUGGAGGUUUGGGAGCAGGACUCGGGGCUGGAGGGAAACCUCUCAAACCAGGGGUCGGAGCCCUCGGGGGACUCGGCCCACUUGGCCUGCAGCCAGGUGCUGCGGGUCUUUUCCCCGGAGGUGUCUACCCCGGGGGUGUCUUCCCAGGUGCUGCUUCUGCUGCUGCGCUCAAGGCUGCUGCGAAAGCUGGUGCGGCGGUACCAGGCGGGGUGCAGCCUGGGGUUGGUGCAGCAGGGAAACCCCCCAAAAUACCAGGUGCUGGGAUUCCUGGAGCUUUCCCAGGCGGCGUGCUCCCUGGUGCAGGUGUCCGCUUCCCUGGCGUAGGGGUGCUGCCCGGAGUACCCACUGGUGCUGGAGUCAAGCCAAAAGGUCCAGGAGCAGGUGCCUUCGCAGGAAUCCCUGGACUGGGAGGUUUUGGAGGUCAGCAGCCCGGUGUCCCUCUUGGGUAUCCCAUCAAAGCUCCUAAGCUCCCAGGUGGCUAUGGAUUGCCCUACAGCACUGGUAAGCUGCCCUACGGCUUCGGCCCCGGCGGGAUAGGAGCCGGCAUCGGGGCAGUAGGAAAGGCAGGGUACCCCACCGGAACAGGAGUCGGAGCACAGGCAGCAGCAGCGAAAGCAGCAGCGAAAUAUGGAGCCGGUGUCCUGCCUGGGGUUGGCGGCAUCCCAGGAGUCGGCGGAGUGGUACCCGGUGUUGGUGUAGUCCCAGGAGUUGGAGUUGGAGGGCCGGCAGCGGCGGCAGCAGCAGCAAAGGCAGCGGCGAAGGCAGGAGCUUUCGGUCCAGGGGUGCUGCCCGGGGUUGGUGGUGUCCCAGGCCUCGUGCCCAGCGUUGGUGCUGUCCCCGGAUUGGUGCCCGGUGUUGGAGGUGUCCCCGGGGUGGCAGGUGUCGGGGCACCAGCAGCAGCAGCAGCAGCAGCAAAGGCAGCUAAGUAUGGAGCUGGCGUUGGUGUUCCUGGCAUUGGCGGUGUUCCUGGUGUUCCUGGUGUUGCUGGGCUGCCUGGUGUGCCUGGCGUGGCUGGGGUUCCUGGUGUGGUGCCCGGUGUUGGAGUGGGUGGCCCAGAAGCUGCGGCGGCCGCGGCGAAGGCUGCAGCGAAAGCUGCGGCAUUUGGAGCAGGACGUGUGCCUGGAGUUGGCGUGCCCGGUGUCGGCGUGCCCGGCGUCGGCGUGCCCGGCGUCGGCGUGCCCGGCGUCGGCGUGCCCGGAGUUGGUGUGCCUGGAGUUGGUGUGCCUGGUGUCGGCGUGCCCGGUCUGGUGCCUGGUGGAGUCAUACCAGGAGUUGGAGGUCCAGCGGCCGCCGCUGCUGCCAAAGCAGCUGCCAAAGCAGCCAAGUACGGUGGCCUUGCUCCUGGUGUGGGUGGCCUUGCUCCUGGUGUAGGUGGCCUGGCUCCUGGUGUAGGUGGCCUGGCUCCUGGUGUAGGUGGCCUGGCUCCUGGAGUGGGUGGCCUAGCCCCUGGCGUUGCAGGUGUCCCAGGGGUCGGAGGUCCGGCCGCAGCAGCAAAAGCAGCAGCGAAGGCAGCUAAAUUUGGUGCUGGUGUCGGAGGGGUGCCAGGUGCGGUGCCUGGUGUCACUGGAGUGCCAGGAGUGACACCCGGCGUCGGUGUCGUGCCUGGGUUGGUGCCGGGUGUGGGGGUACCUGGUACUGGCAUCCUCCCCGGGGCAGGCAUCCCCCAAGUAGGCGUGCAGCCUGGUGCUAAACCUCCCAAAUUCGGUGUUCCCGGGGUUGGAGUCCCAGGGGUCGGCGGCAUCCCAGGUGGCCUCGGAGUCGGUGGCCUUGGAGUCGGUGGCCUCGGAGUUGGUGGGCUUGGUGCGGGGAUCUUGUAUCCAGGCGCUGUUGGGAAACCUCCCAAGCCAGGGGCUGGAGUUCCUGGCUUUGGUGUGUCACCGAUAUUUCCAGGUGGGGUUGCCGGCCAGCUGGGAUUUGGUGGGAAGCCUGCCAAGACCUUCGGAGGAGCCCUCGGUGCCCUGGGCUUUAGAGGUGGCGUGGGCUGCGCACAAGGGAAGUACUGCGGGAGGAAGCGGAAGUAACCGCCCGCCGUCACUGAUGACCUCAUGAACUUUGGUGCUACUGCAUGGUCCAGAAUGUAAAUCCCAAGCAAAGCUGAGACACACCCCCUGCCACCCCAAAACCCCGGACCCCCCCAUGCCGGGGCCAACCCCGGUCCCACGUUCCCAGGAGGGACCCUGCGCCUCUGGCAGCGCCCAUCCCCCCCCAGCCCCUCCGGCCUGGCAGGGAGCGCGGAAUAAACUGUGGGGAGCAGCUGUCCCCCUUGGUGCUAUCGCUCCCUGUGGGAUUUGGGGGGAUGUGUCUUGGGGUGUCACCCCCUCCGCCAGCCCCAGAGCUGACCCCGUGGCGGUGGGGGCAGGAUGUGGGGCAUCCCACAUUGGAGGGACGGAGGGAAGGGGGUCCCGGUGGCAGGGGGCUGCAUGAGGGGGAUGUCCCUGGGGGGACCGCGGGCAGGAGGGGCUCAGACCCUUCAUGUUACUCACUUUGUUAUAACUGGGUGGGACACCCUAUACAGAGGGAUUCGCUUCCGACAGAGUAAUAAAGGACAAGUUUUUAAAGGA